AUGCCUCUGAUUGUGUUUGCCGGCUACCCAUCGAGCGGCAAGACUACGUGGGCAGUCAGGCUGAAAAACCAGCUCGAGGAAAAGAUUGCCGGUCUCGAAAAAGGAGAGCCUGGGGCGAACCUCAAGGUGGUUUUGCACAACGACCAGAGUCUAGGAAUUCAGCAUGACGCAUAUACCGACUCCACCAAAGAGAAGGCUGCGCGUUCGGCCCAGAUCUCUGCUGUGAAAAGAGACAUUUCGAAGUCUACCAUCGUAAUUCUGGACUCAAUGGCGUACAUCAAAGGAUUCAGAUACCAACUGCACUGCGAAAGCAAAGCGUUGAGCACGCCGCACUGCGUGAUACAGGUAAUUACACCACUGGAAAAAUGUCUAGAAUGGAACAAAAAUAGAGAAGCAGCAGAAAAAUGGGACGAGAAGGUGAUGAAAGAGCUUGUGCUCCGGUACGAGGAGCCAGACGGACAGAACAAAUGGGACUCUCCGCUGAUCCCUGUCGGAUAUGAUGACCCAGAGCUGCCAUUUGACGAUAUAUGGGCUGCCAUUGCUUUGAAAAAAGGUCCUCGGCCGAACCAGUCCACGGUUUCGAAACCAGCGAUAGAAAUCAACUUUCUCCAGGAACUAGACCGAGUAACUGCGCGCGUGGUCCAAGAGGUGGUCCAAUACCAGGAGAUGAACGGGAUCGGGGGCGUUGUGCGGGUGAAUGUCGAAGGUGGGGAGUGCGUGGUGGAGAUGCCAACGCGCGAAGUCUCGAUUGCGCAGCUGCAACGGUUCAGAAGAGCCUAUGUGGGGCUGAACAGAAUGAGAAACGUGGGGGUCGACAGAAUCGGCGUACUUUUUGGCGAGUACCUCACCCGAGCAAUGAACCAGUAA